CCGCCUUUCCGCUUUUCCCGCUGGCGAAAAUGGCCGCGGCAGGGGAAGAGGAGCAGACGGGAGUGGAAGAUUGGGGUUUGCCUUCAGAAGUGGAAGUCUUGGAGUCUAUCUAUUUGGACGAGCUUCAUGUGUUUAAAGGAAACAGAUCUGUUCCCUGGGAAAUCUCCAUCACACUACACCCAGCAACUGCUGAGGAUCAAGAUUCUCAGUAUGUCUGUUUCACCCUUGUAUUGUCUGUGCCUCUGCAGUAUCCAAAUGAAAUACCAAAGAUUGUUAUCCAGAAUCCUCGGGGAUUAUCAGAUGAACAGAUCCAAAAAAUUUCUCAGACACUGCAAUGUAUUGCUGAGAGUCAGCUGGGUACACCUGUGCUAUAUGAACUAAUAGAGAAGGGAAAAGAAAUCCUCACAGACAACAACAUCCCUCAUGGGCAGUGCGUGAUUUGCCUGUAUGGCUUUCAGGAAAAUGAGGCUUUCACCAAAACCCCGUGUUACCACUACUUCCACUCACGUUGUCUUGCUACUUACAUAGAGUAUAUGGAGAAAAAAAUCAACGCACAGAAGAAAGAAAGAAUGCAACAUUUGACACCUGUGUCCAAAGAGGAUAUUGAAGUGCAAUGCCCUGUGUGCAGGGAGCCUCUAGCGUAUGACCUUGCCACAUUGCAGGCAGCACCAUUACCGCAGCAGUCGAUGGAAGUAUACCAGCCUGACCAACAGACACUGCAACACAGAGAGCAGUUGCGUCAGCACUUCCAGAGGCAGCAAGAAAAAGGCGGCAUCAUUGACGUGGAGCUGGAGAGAAAUCGCUAUUUUGUUACCCUGCAAAGGCCCUCUGAUGUCAAGGAAUUUGACCAUGUAGCCAUCUCAGAAAAUGACCUGGGAACUAAGAAUAAGCUGAAGUCACCAGCCAUUUCAGAAUAUACUCGAACAAGUACAACAUCCAUGAGCGAUGAGCUAAAAAAUACAGAUAAAUCAUCUUUUACUUUCCCUCACCAUAAUAGGAGAGAGAGAAAUCAAGGGGAGAAGCCAUCUUUACAAAAUCCCAGCUGGCAAUUACAUUAUAAGACAUUCGAGAUGGCAACAGGAAAGUAUGUUGAGGAAGAAUCUGAAGCCUUAAGUAGGAGAUCUAAUUGGAAGAAGGAAAGAGGGCGGUGGAAGUAUGGGAGAUACAACCAAGAUAUUUCAAAAUCUUACAGCCGAAACCAGGAGUCCUCAUUCUUGGAUAAAAAAGAUCUGUGUGCCAAAUGUCUCCCAUCAGCCAAAGAAGAGAAAUACAACAUGGAGAAGUGGAUUCCAAUGCCAAAAACUCAAGCCUCAAACAGAGAGAAAGUGGACAUUUGCCCUGGGGAGCUCAGAGGACAGAACACAUGGCAAGGUCAACAUGGUAUUCAGAACUGUGAGAGAUGGGAAAAGACCGAAGGGAGAGAGUAUGUAACUUAUCCCAAAAUGCCAAGAGAUCGGGGGCAAUCCAGACCAAGGCCACAGAAAGAAUUGCAAGGUCCAAAGACUGAAGGAGGUUCUUAGCUGGUGGUGAUCAAAGAGAGGACACUGAUCACUUUGUCACGUUGCCUUUCAGACAUUGACUUUUCCUUAUUUUUUUGGGCAGGGAGAACCCAGCUGUCUUGGGAGUUUUCUCUAAUACACUGGCAGGUCUUGUGCGAUGGCAUAAGCUUUAUGAAAAAUAUUCUGUGAGGAUUAGAGUGCUGCAAAGGGACAAAUACCUAAUUUGAGAGAGCAAUAAAUGAUAGUGAAACAGAGUUUCUAUAUAUAUUGAAAUUCCUUCUAGCAAAAUGGAAUUGUUGCAAUGAUCAGAAGGUGAAAUCCCUUAGUUAGAAAGGCCAUUGGGAAAAUGCACUGUUAAACACUUUUAGAAUUUUUUUUUUUAAAAAAAAAAAUAUGAAGAGGUAUAGGUCUUCCUCUUUAUUGUCCAGGAGUUUGGAUCAAAUUUGUUAUAUUGCUUACUAUUUAUGGUCACUAGUGCUAGACAUGAUGGCAAGAGUGCACUAUAGUGUCAGAUUUAGAAUUGACCCUUGGAAUUAAUCCUAUUAUGUGUAAAUGGUCCUCUGAACCACCACAGUCUGCUGUUAGGCUGCACACUGGGAUGUGGGUGUUGUUUUUUUUAGUGAUCUUUUCACUACUGUCAGUACCAAAAUACCUUUUAGUUUAUGAUAUGAUUAAACAGUUGCUGUUCAGAGCUGUAUUUCAAAAGAGCGAUUACACUGAGCCUGUUAAUUCUAGAUACCAGUGUGCCAGAAAUAUAAAAAGCUAUGCAAGUAGCGAAUUUCUUAUCUUCUGCCAUUUUUGGCCCAAAUUUGUUGUACCCAAUCUUGGGAUCAGAGGAUUGUAUUCUACCAUAAUAUGGAGAGGGGAAAAUGUAAAUGUAUUUUUGCUCACAUACACCCACAUGCACAUGUGCACAUGUAUUAUAUUCAGUAGUUCUCAGAAAUCAAAACUUGUAUCAAUAUAUUUUGGGAUCAUAUGAACAUGAAUUAGGUUCACCUCUUAUGUACUGGUAUAUAUUUGUAUGCAAAUGCUGACGGCCAUUUCCUCCAAUUUGUUAAUUUCUACUUUGAUUUAUAUUUAUGAUUUUCACUAUGUUGAAAAAAAAUGUAGUGACUGUGAGAGUACCUUUUAACCUGUUGCCUUUGUGUAAAGAAAUGUUGCCAUCUAACUAUACAACGUUCCUACUCUUGGCCCUAACACUGGAGCAAGGGCAUGUGCAAUACAACUACUGGCUAGAAUGGCCAAAAUGAACCUCCAGAUAGAAUUGCUUAAUGUUUUCAUUCUGAAAGCUGAAAGAUCACAUUUCUGAUUAAUGGUAUGCAUAGGUACAGUCCAAUUUGCGUGGCUCAGAUCAUGAAAGGACUGAAAUUAAGCUCAGUUCUUCACCUGUAAUGAAAUUUGUGGCAAUGUGAAGCAAAAACAAAAAUGAACAUUAAAGUCCAGCUGGAUAAGCCAA